AUGACCGUCACAAGAGGCCAAGCAAAACAGAGCAGAUACGCUACAAGAUCCCAGACACGAGCUGGCAAUGCCAAACUUGCCUUACCUCUUCACGGCGACCCCAUCAGAACUGCGAAGAAGCGAAACAAGAAGUCUCUGCCCCUUGAGUACGAGCAAUAUUCACCAGCUCCAACGGACACCAUCUUCGUUGGACACACCGAGGAAGACUCAGAGAUGCCACUUCCGAAUCCAGAGGUACCGCUUGCUCCAACCUUCGAUGAAAUCCACGAUGUCACCCCGGCCCAAUCCACUCCAGGUUUCGUCGAUGACGAGUCAAACAAGAUUCUUCCACGACCAGCGAUUGAGGAUGUACCCCUUCAAAACGACUAUUCGGCCAGCACCAGCGAUGACGAUUUGGAGUCACGAGCAGGAACUUCUCAAUCUGAAUUCGAUGUUAGAUACGAUCCUGACUUCUCUCCACCACUUAUCGACCACGGUACGCUAGAUCUCAGCACAAUGGACAGUUCUUUCCCAACUGCUGGACGUGUUCCUACUCCCGAAGCGGUUUGCGACUUCGAAUCAUCCGGCGCCUACUCGGGAACACACAACGAUACCGGUCUCUCCAAUCUCGAUGAUGUGGCAAAUGAGACAGAGAUGCAAAUCGACGGUCCCGCAAUGCCAAUGCCGAACGGAUCCUUUACCUUUGGUUACGAUGAGCCAGAACCGCUGAACUUCUCCGCAAGAAUCGGCAGCUUCUCCGCACACCCAGAUGACGAACCUCCAAAAUCGUCUCCUACCUUGAACAUGGAAGGCCUCGACAUUACCGCUGAAUUCAAAUGCCAAAUGGAGCGAAUUCUCGACAACUGA